AUGAUUCCUUGCGACUCCGCUAACCUCGGCAAGCAUUUUACACCACCAACGGAUUGCCUUCAGUAUUUCACCGCCCGUGUGGGAAUGGUAAAAUCGUUCAACUGGCGUGAUGUUGCCGGAACAGCCACUCGCCAGUUGGCCAAUCAAGAUUACAGCAUCUGCUUCCGCACAACACCAGGAGUUACGAAAACUUUGUGUAUGACUCCAUGUACGGUGACAGCAACUGGAUCUAAAGCCUUUAGUGUUAGCACAGCGAUGACAACUCCGACCGCCGAUGCAGUUGCAGCUGUUAAGAGGGACGUGAGCCAGUUGUCAUCUCUCAACUGCAACAACGGCUUCCUCAUCAUCCCAGAGGGAUACAACAUUGGGAAUCCUACCGCCGUGCUCAACAUGGCCUUCGAUCGCUACUGCGGAGAAAAGCUCAAUGCGCUGCCAGCGAACGCUGUCUCUACCACCGUCUGCACCACUGCGACACCUUUCCGGCUGAUCUACCAUACCAAUGGUGACGAAACGACAACUGCUACGGUAGAUGCCCUUCCUGUCAAUGGAGUUGCCGUUACUAUUCCUACUAAUGGAAACAGAGGAUUCUGCCUCAAUUUUAAGAAUUCAUAA